AUGACGAAUAACACAGCAUUUGGUAAAAAUAAGAUUGAAUUACCCCAAUUAGAUUGGGCCUAUGAUUCAUUGGAACCUUAUAUUUCUGCUAAGAUUAAUGAAAUUCACCACAAGAAACAUCACCAGACUUAUGUUAAUGGCUACAAUAGCGCAAUUGAACAACUAAUUGAAGCAGAAGCCCAAGGUGAUGUUAAAAAAGCUAUUGAAAUUCAGCAAAAUAUCAAAUUCCAUGGAGGGGGUCAUACUAAUCAUGUCUUAUUUUGGAAAAGUUUAGCACCUAAAUCUCAGAAUGGUGGACAACAUCCCGGAUCUGAUACGAAGUUUGGCAAAAAAAUCGUCGAGCAGUAUGGAUCUGUUGAUAAUUUGAUUAGCAUUACAAAUGCAAAAUUGGCAAGUAUUCAAGGUUCAGGGUGGGCAUUCAUUGUCAAAAACAAUCAAAAUGGUGGGAACUUAGAUGUUGUUACAACGUAUAAUCAAGACACAGUCACGGGUCCUCUAAUUCCAUUAAUUGCAAUUGACGCUUGGGAACACGCCUAUUAUUUGCAAUAUCAAAAUGUUAAGGUAGAUUACUUCAAAGCCAUUUGGAACGUUAUAAACUGGGAGGAAGCUAGUAAAAGAUUUGAAUCUAAUUGA